ACUGGGCUGAACACCGGCGUCGGCGAUAGCGCGGACCUAUCCAGCGCGGAGGCAAAAAGCCCCAGUCCCCAGCCCCAUCCUCCUCCGCCGCCGGUCCUCUUCUUCCGCCUCCGCUGCAGCCGAGCCCCUCUCGUCGCCUCCUACCGGCCUCGACCCCUCCCUCCACCGAUCCACCGGAGGCGGCGCCAUGUCUCAGAACAACCCCUCCCAGCUCCUCCCCUCAGAGCUGAUCGACCGAUGCAUCGGAUCCAAGAUUUGGGUGAUCAUGAAGGGAGACAAGGAGCUCGUCGGCACCCUCUGCGGGUUCGAUGUCUACGUGAACAUGGUCCUUGAGGACGUCACUGAGUAUGAGUAUACUGCUGAGGGCCGUCGCAUAACGAAACUUGACCAGAUCCUCCUUAAUGGGAACAACAUAGCUAUCUUAGUUCCUGGUGGUUCACCGCCAGAUGUGGCAUGAGCGAGCGCUUCUGGAGGGUUAUCUGUUUGAGGCUAAAGGAGACACAGUGAAACCUGAACCUUGUAUGGAUAAACCGCUCGAUUUCUUUGUCAAAUGUACUUCUUGGAUUGAUGGUUGUACUAAAGUUUAGCUACUGCCAAAACUUGAAGCUUCUUCUGUAUGGAACUUACUAACCUGAAAGAUUGCCCCUGCAAAUUGCUGCAUUUAUAUGACUCGUCAAUGCUAAUUAUGAGAUAUCUGUUUAUCGCA